GGCCUGCUUUGCUACUGUGCUCCUCCCAGGCAUGAAGAUCCCAUUUGGAAAUGCGAUUGCAGGGCAGCGGUCCAGAAGAGGCGCAAGACAUGCCAGUGUGCCUGUUACCAUGAUAAAGAGAAAGGCUGCACACAAGAAGCAUAGGAGCCAACCCACCUCCCAGCCUCAGAGGAAUAUUGUGGGCUUCAGAAUUCGGCACAGAUGGAAAGACGGAGAUGGACCUCUAACAGAGUGGAAGGGAACCAUUCUGGAUCAGGUACCUGUAAAUCCCUCUCUGUAUCUUAUCAAAUAUGAUGGAUUUGACUGUGUUUAUGGAUUGGAACUGCACAGAGAUGAAAGAGUGUCAUCGCUUGAAGUCUUUCCUAAUAGAGUUGCAUCCUCUAGAAUCAGUGAUACAUACUUAACAGAAAUUAUGAUUGGCAAAGCAGUUGAACAUAUUUUUGAGACAGAGGAAGGUUCCAAAAAUGAAUGGAGGGGGAUGGUCUUAUCUCAGGCACCUGUCAUGAAAACAUGGUUUUACAUUACCUAUGAAAAAGAUCCUGUAUUAUAUAUGUACCAGCUCUUAGAUGAUUAUAAAGAUGGUGACCUACGCAUCCUUCCUGAUUCCAAUGACUCUCCUCCUGCAGAGAGGGAGGCAGGAGAAGUCGUAGACAACCUAGUAGGCAAACAGGUGGAAUAUGCCAAAGAUGAUGGCUCCAAGAGAACUGGCAUGGUCAUUCAUCAGGUUGAAGCAAAACCCUCUGUGUACUUCAUAAAAUUUAAUGACGAUUUCCAUAUCUAUGUCUAUGAUUUGGUAAAAACAUCUUAGAGGUCACCUUGAAAUUUGCCGAAUAUGUGAGACUAUUUGUAAAAUCUGUUCACACACAAAGUCUUGAUUGCUUUUUCCAAUAUGUAAGAACCAUCUUCUCCCUUUCUGCACACUUUUGCCUGGUCAAAAAAAAAGGAAAUUCUACCUUGUCAUUUUGCAAGAAACCUUUUGCCUUUCUCUCCAACCUUUUUACUGGUUCCUUCCCACAGGAGAAUGAUUGAUUUAUCUAAUUAGUGAGAAGGGUAAAAUCUGACAUUCAUUGGCCCACACUUUUAUCUUGGGUGGUGUUGAUAGGUUAAACGUAGCUGAGCACCUGUUGCCUCAUUCUUUGCCUCUUUUGGGCACUUGGACUCUCUGUACUCAUUGAACUGGGACUCUUCCUGAGAUAUUCAGUAUGACUGGCUGGGUAAGUGUCUUUGCAACCUUAACUGUUCCCCACAGAUGGCUUCAAAGGUCUAAUUUGGGGAAGAGUGGGAAGCCCAUUUUGGUCUCCUGUCCAAGUUGCAUUUUCAAUUCUAACUGUACUGAAAGUAAGACUAACAUUUUUCUCCCUUUCUGAUUCUUAUACCUAUAUUGCUCAACUUGUUUCAAAAUUAAGAGGGUAAUUACUUUUCAUUGUCAUACAUAAGCAUAGGCUGAGGAUCUUAUGAAAUCGAUAAGAGGGCAAGCAUUUGGGAACCAAACUCCAAGUGGAGAAAUCAAGGUUGGUCAUCAAUGGCAUUAGGAUCUCUGUUGUCUUCAGUAUCUCUGGGUAGUACCUGAAAAUAUGGAGUGGGUUUUUUAAAAUUAUGUUUUCAGUUACAGUUAACAUUCAGUAUUAUUUUAUAUUAAUUUCAAGUGUACAGCAUAGUGGUCAGACAUUUGCAUAAUUUAUGCAGUGAUCCCACGGAUUAGUCUAGUACCCACCUGACAUACAUAGCUGUUGCAACAUUAUUAACUAUGUUCUCUAUGCUGUACUUUACAUCCCCAGGAAUGGGUUUUAACAGAUGCAGGCUGUGCAGGCCGACUUUAUCAUAAGUGGGCCUUGCCAGCCCAAUCAAGCAUUAAGCCAGGCUCUAGCUACAGUUCUCAGUCAUAGGGUAAAACCUGGGUUUAGCAAGGGUUGUCAGGACUUUCCAUGACCUCAAAAUGAAAGGGCAAAAAUUUGGAAUCAGGCUGAGGUACAGGUUUUUUUUUUCUAUACCAAGAGAGACUCUGAGAAAUUUUAGUGAGGUUUUAGAUUUGGGUGUGUUUUUUUGGGGGGGGACUUCCGAGUCCCAACAGAUGAGGUGGGCAAGGCACUUGCUAGAAUAAAGGCUGAAAGUAGGCUUUACUUCCUUGUAGGAACUGGUGGGCCCAUCUACUGUGGUACCCUAGCAGAACCGUGGAACACAUAGAUUAGAAUCAGUGCUAGAUGAUCAAUAGGCUUAAUGUUUUAAGUGCUUUCUGCUGGCAUUAACAAAUGGAAAUCUAGAUGCUUGUUAAUGUUUUGUUUUUCAGUUUUAUCCUAUUUGUUGUCUGGUCCUAAGAUACUCAUAUGUGCAGAUAAGAGUGAGCCCUAUUGCAGCAGAAAAAUAAGUAAUGGAAUGGAUAUUAUACCUUCCAUUAUUGAAGGCAUUGGUGAAGAUUAACCAAAGCCUAAGAAAGAAUGGUUGAAAAAUAAGGUUUUGGAGAGAAGCACCUGGCAAAAGCCAAUGGUUUCUCAUUGGGUUUCUGUAGAGGCUCCAUUAGCAGUAACAGGCUUUGGAGUUCUGCCAAUUUGGGGCUGGGACUUAUGGCAGUACAAUCAAACACUUGGGAAAGAUCUCCCAAAUUAGUUUAAGUUCACAGGUCAUGGAUUCCAGACUGCUUGCACAGACAGACUGGCAUCCUGCUGAGGAUGAAACCAAGAAAACAUUCUUUUCUCCCAUGUUUUCUCUGUCUACUUUUCUUCCUUUUUAUACCACUAAGUCUCUGCUCAAAUAUUUGACUGACAACAGCAAUGGAGGUUUGUAUUACCCUAUGUACUAAGUCCUGGGGACAUAAAUUUGCUUGGGAUAUAUGUUCUAGUGGCUGGGAAUUAGUGUGCUUUCCAAUUUUGGGGGUAUGAGAAUAAUACUGUAAUAAUCUUUUGUCCUGUUGAUACUGUGGACUCUUAAAAAUGUAUAACACGCAGUUGUGGCGUUAGAUUAAUUCAGCUUCUAAAGUCCGGGGGGAACUACACCCAAUCAAGAGGAAGAUAGCCCAGGCUGCAGCUGCUGAAGGAACUCCAUAUCUGUCCAGACAUCUUCGUGAGAUUUGUAUGGCUAAAAUGAGAAAACAAGAAAUUAGGAAAGACAAAAUUUUGGACUUUAAUUGCUUUGGAGUUUAAAAUAGAAAUUUAACUUGCAGCAUUCAUUUCUCCCUUGGAGUUUAAUAGUUGGUGUGGGUUUCAUAUAGUUCAAUUUGAGGAAUUUCCAUUAUGUUGUUGAUAUUGUAAUUUUUUGAGUAUUUUAACGUGCUAUCUUUGGGGAUCAUUGUGUAAUCUUUGUAAGCUGAGUAAUAUAGUGUGUCUGGACAUAAUUGUAAAUUGGGGAUAAAAUAGUGAGUGAAUUUUCAGCCUGGGGUAUAAUGUAUUCUAACUUAUUACAGAGCCUUCUAGGGUCAAAAACAGAACUGUUCACCAGUCUUCCACAGGUGGAAGCAGGACAUUCCUAAGAUACUACUGGUCUCCCAUGAAGGGGACAUCCAAGUCCUUUUUGUUAACCAUGGUUUUGGGUGUUAACCACUGUUGCUUAAGAGAACAAAAAUUGCCAAGGGUAUGAUGGGAUCUAUCUUCUGCCUCUCUCCAUGUUCCUGGUUGAAGAAAAAAAAAAAGGAUUUCACCUCUCAAAAAUAUUUAGAAGGAAACCUCUACCCAUCUCCACUUGCCACUCAUUCAGUCUUCCAUAUGGGAAGAGGAAUAAAUAACUUGGUGAAAUUGAGAAAGGGUUAUUAUGGAUAAGCAGCCUAGGCCCUCUUUGAUUCUCGAGCUCAUUCCUCACAGCAAAAUAUGGGAAAGACUGCAGUCCUUUACUACAUGGCUGGGUAAAUGUCCACUUUAGACUUGUGAUAGAAGUACAUUUCAAGCUCAGGUCUAAACCACGUUAUCCAGUCCAGAUCUAUCAGCAAUAAAGCGGGUAUCUGUUUUUAUUCUUUUUAAAAUUUUAAUAUGUAAAUUGUUUUUGGAAAAAAACUCAUACCUCUGGUAAAAAUAAAACAGUACUAGAGGGUAUACAGUAAAACGUAGGUCUCCUUUCCUCCUUCCCACCCUGACCUCAAUCCCUCUGUCCCACUUUCCAAAAAUAACCACUGUUACCAGUUACUAUGUAUUCUUGCAAAGAUAAUCCAUGUAUUUACAAGCAUAAUUUGUAUGUGUG